UCUAUUUUUCCAUCAUCGUCACAUCUCAACUCCAGCCCUCUUGCUCUCUAAUGGCCACAACUGUCUCUCUCUCCAUCUCCUUAGACACCCAUCCCCAUCCCCACCGCUGCCUCCACCACCUCCACCGCCGCCUCUACAGUACAACCAUUCACUUUAAUUCCCAUCAAUCACCAUUCUUUACCCCAAAUCACAGACAACCUAAACACACUACUGGCAACUUCCCUAAAUACUCCCAUCGCAAUUUCACUCCCCUCUCACUUUCAUCCUCUUCUUCUACCUCAUCAACACUCCAAAACCCCCUUCCGGCCGGACGUUUUCUCACCAACGAAGAGCUCGAAAAGCUUGAAAAUCUCGACAAAUUCACCUACCACCAUGAAUUGCAAUCCGGGCUGCUUUUAGUGCGUGUGAUGCGUGAAGAAGAAAUGGACAUGGCAGUGACUCUACUGGCAGAAUCUUUUGCGGAAUCGAUGAUGAUGGCAAAGGGGUAUGUGAAAUUGCUGGAGUUUCUGGUGAGGAAUUACUUGAUUGAGAGGAGGGCAAUGAUGCCUCACAAUGCAACACUUCUGGGAAUUUACAGAGAAAAUGGAGAAGAAGAUUUCGAAUUGGCAGGGACUGUAGAGGUGUGUUUUGAUAAAAGGGGUGCUAAUACCAAUCCGCCAACACCAACCCCUCCCAAGAAUUCGCCAUAUAUAUGUAAUAUGGCUGUAAGGAGGCCACUUCGGAGGAGGGGCAUUGGCUGGCAUCUGUUGAAAGCAAGUGAAGAACUCAUUUCACAAAUGAGUUCCUCAAGAGAGGUUUACUUGCAUUGUAGAGUAAUCGACGAAGCUCCAUUCAACAUGUAUACAAAAGCAGGGUAUAGUGUUGUUAAGACUGAUAGCCUAUUGACCCUGUUGACAUUCCAGAGACGUAGGCAUUUGAUGCGUAAAGACCUUCCUAUCCUUAGUCAUGCUUCUGAAACAGAUAAUCCCGACAAGACACCUCCUUUGUGAGCCUUACGUAGAGAUGGAUAUGGAGAUGGAAGCAUACCAUCAAGAAUGAAACUCAACGCUCAUCAUUUCAUCUCAAGUGCAUGAAUUGAUAUCACAGGUCUUGGGAUUCUGUAUAAAGAAUAAGUUGGAGUUGUUUUAUGCAUUCGAUGUUUGAUGGUCUCCCUCAACUCUCUGUUCGAACACAACGAGACACUAAAACUUCAGAAAUGGCUACUUGCUCUGUUGCGACCCUCAAUUUCUUGGUCAUUGAAUAUAUGGAUAAUGCGUGGGAUUUCAUAGGCGCCCUACAACAAUGAUAUAUUGAAUAAUGUUAUUUAGUUCUGUUGGUGCUUAACAGACUAUGUCACAGUGAUGCGCUAAGCACUAAUGGGGUUGAAUAGAAUUACUAUGAUCUAUUUCCUUUA